AUGCACUCCGCCGGCAGGUUCUGUGCGCAGCUGGAUGAGCCGUUCCAAGCGGCAUUCCGCGCGGGGCUGGGUAACACCGGAGCUACCGUAACACCGUCACUACCCAUAACACUCUCACCACUCGUAACACCUUCGCCACCUGUAUCACCCUCACCACCCGUAACACCUUCGCCACCUGUAUCACCCUCACCACCCGUAACACCCUCACCACCCGUAACCCCCUUGCCACCCGUAACACCCUCGCUACCCAUAAUACCCUCGCCACCCAUUACACCCUCGCCACCCCUAACACCGUCGCCACCCGUAACACCCUUGCCACCCGUAACACCCUCGCCACCCGUAACACCCUCGCCACCCGUAACACCCUCGCCACCCCUAACACCCUCGCCACCCGUAGCACCCUCGCCACGCCUAACACCCUCGCCACCCCUAACACCGUCGCCACCCGUUACACCCUCGCCACCCGUAACACCCUCGUCACCCGUAACACCCUCGCCACUCGUAACACCCUCGCCACCCGUAACACCCUCGUCACCCGUAACACCCUCGCCACUCGUAACACCCCCGCCACCCGUAACACCCUCGCCACCCGUAACACCCUCGCCACUCAUAACACCCUCGCCACCCGUAACACCCUCGCCACCCGUAACACCCUCGCCACCCGUAACACCCUCGCCACCCGUAACACCCUCGCCACCCGUAACACCCUCGCCACCCCUAACACCCUCGCCACUCGUAACACCCUCGCCACCCGUAACACCCUCGCCACCCGUAACACCCUCGCCACCCGUAACACCCUCGCCACCCCUAACACCCUCGCCACCCGUAACACCCUCGCCACCCGUAACACCCUCGCCACCCGUAACACCCUCGCCACUCGUAACACCCUCGCCACCCGUAACACCCUCGCCACCCGUAACACCCUCGCCACCCGUAACACCCUCGCCACCCGUAACACCCUCGCCACCCCUAACACCCUCGCCACUCGUAACACCCUCGCCACCCGUAACACCCUCGCCACCCGUAACACCCUCGCCACCCGUAAAACCCUCGCCACCCGUAACACCCUCGCCACCCCUAACACCCUCGCCACUCGUAACACCCUCGCCACCCCUAACACCCUCGCCACUCGUAACACCGUCGCUACCCGUAACACCCUCGCCACUCGUAACACCGUCGCCACCCGUAACACCCUCGCCACUCGUAAUACCCUCGCCACCCGUAACACCCUCGCCACCCCUAACACCCUCGCCACCCGUAACACCCUCGCCACCCCUAACACCCUCGCCACCCGUAACACCCUCGCCACCCCUAACACCCUCGCCACCCGUAACACCCUCGCCACCCGUAACACCCUCGCCACUCGUAACACCGUCGCUACCCGUAACACCCUCGCCACCCGUAACACCCUCGCCACCCGUAACACCGUCGCUACCCGUAACACCCUCGCCACCCGUAACACCCUCGCCACCCGUAACACCCUCGCCACCCGUAACACCCUCGCCACCCGUAACACCCUCGCCACCCCUAACACCCUCGCCACCCGUAACACCCUCACCACCCGUAACACCCUCGCCACUUGUAACACCCUCGCCACCCGUAACACCCUCGCCAUCCCUAACACCCUCGCCACCCGUAACACCCUCGCCACCCGUAACACCCUCGCCACCCCUAACACCCUCGCCACCCGUAACACUUUUGCUACCCAUUACACCGUCGCCACCCCUAACACCCUCGCCACCCGUAACACCCUCGCCGCCCGUAACACCGGCGCUACCCGUAAGACCAGCACUUCUGUAACUACGGUGCUACCCAUGUGUGUAUGUGUGGGCGUGUGUGCGUUGGCUGGGUCACAAACACCGCAUGCCCAUCCACCACAUGCCCAGCCACCGCAUGUCCAAGCAGCCAAAUGGGCGCGGCAUGCGCCGGAUGAAGAGAUUCGCUGAUGCGGUGCCUGAGGUUGUGGAGCGGUGUGGAAAAACAUUUGUGCUGGGGAGACAAAGGCAGCAGGGUGUGUCGUUUGUGCGUGUGUUUGUAUUGGCAUCGUGCUUGCCACCCGCCCCAUCGUGUGCCAUGCCGGUCUACAUAGGCCCUGCUCGUUCACGGCACUGGCACCAACAGUCUGUUAUGGCUAUCCAGGGGAUAUUUUUCUUUUGUUUAUUGCGUGUGAAUGUGUGUGAGUGCUGGGGAGCCAUAGUGUCGUGGUUAGUGCGCCGCGUUUCGAAGCCGGCGGCCCGAGUUAGAUUCUCGCUCAUGGCUGACACCGGUGACGAUUAUCUGAACCAUUUCUGGGCCUACCCAAGGACUACUCAGCCUCAAAUGAGUACUUGAUGCGGUGUUUAAACAUCGCCACUGGGGAGACGAAGGCGG